AUGUACGGAAUAUUUCCGUACAAGCUCGGCACCUCCAUUACCUUCGGCCACAAGUACAUGCAUUACAAGGGGAUCUGGGAGGCUCGUCUUGCAGGGACUGCUCGAGCCAGAAGGACCGCCAGCAAGGUCAUGCAUCGCCGCAACCGUGCCCAAGCAAGUGAAGCUAACAACCAGGCCCGUGCUGAGGCCGAGAGUCGCUCGUUCAUCCAGGAGCUCGGGCGGAUCUUUACGGCCUUGAAAUCCAUUUCGGAAAGCUGUGCGUUGACGACGCCCUUUGCUGGCGACGCCUUCGCUGCCCUGCAGGCGGAUGGCUCUGUGCGGACCUGGGGCGCGCCCGAGCUCGGGGGCGAUGCCAGCAGAAACUUUGCAUUGUCCCCUUUAUUGGGCUUAAGAUGGUACGAGGUGCAGGAGGUCUGUGCAAGCAGCGGGGCCUUCGCCGCGUUGCGGGCCGAUGGCUGCGUGGUCUGUUGGGGCAGUCCGGACUCAGGGGGAGAUCCCCCGGAAUCAGGGGGAGAUCCCGCGGAGGCAGAGCUCGCAGUCGCAGGGGAGGCUUUUGCAGCUGUGCGCCAUGAUGGCACGGUGGUUGCCUGGGGGGAUGCAGACAGUGGCGGAGACACUUCCAAGGUGAAAAGCCAGCUCUUUGACAUCCAGGAAGUGGCAUCUGCUUGCGACGCCUUUGCAGCAGUAAGGGCGGAUGGUCGAGCAGUGAGCUGGGGCGAUGCUUGCAGGGGAGGUGACCACAGCCCUGUGGAUGGGCAGCUUCUGGAUGUGAAGGCACUGCGCGCCUCCGCCACCGCGUUCGCCGCGCUCCGCCUGGACGGGCACGUGGUCUGCUGGGGCGAAGCUGCGCGUGGCGGAGACUCGAGCAAGGUGCAUGAGCAGCUGCACGAGAUUCAGGAUCUCUAUGCCUCUGCUGGUGCAUUUGUUGCGAUCCGGGAAGAUGGAACUCUGGUGACGUGGGGCUCGCCGGCUUGCGGCGGCGCCUUAGUCACCAUUCCGCGCAAGACCACAGAACAAUGCCUGCGUGGGUCGUGGAUCUAUGGGAUCGGCUACGAGGAGGGAUAG